AAAGUGGAAAUCUACUCUUCCAUUGUUUCCAAUUAUCACCUCAGUUAUUUCACUUCUACGUUCUAUUUUGCCCUCUACUCUUUGAAAAUGUCUUACAACGACAGUAGUGACAGCUAUGCUCGUGGAAGCAGCGGCUACGACGGAUCUACAUCCCGUCGUGAUGAGGAUAGUUAUGGCUCCUCCAACCGCAGGGACGAUGAUAAUUCCUACGGGUCAUCAGGCCGUUCUGGCGUAACUGGUUCCUACGGAUCUCGGGACGACAGUAGCAACACCAAACGUGACAACGAUUCAUAUGGCUCCAGCAAUCGUGACAAAAAUGACUCCUAUGGCUCUUCCGGCCGUACUGGAGGCUCUGACUCAUUCGGGUCGAGCGAGCGUGAUAAUGAGAGGUCUUAUGGCUCCUCUGGUCGCACAGGCAGUGGCAACGACAGCUAUGGAUCCAGCAACCGCGAUGAUACCUAUGGUUCGUCCACUCGUACGGGGGGAAGCGAUUCCUACGGCUCUUCCGAUAGAAACAAGAGCUCCUAUGGUUCCUCUGGAACCAAUAAUGACAGCUACGGCAGCAGUAAGAGGGACGACAAUGAUUCCUACGGAUCCUCUAGAAAUACUGGAAGAGGGAGUGAUUCAUAUGGCUCUGAUAACCAGAAUAGAAAUGACUCCUCGUACGGGUCCAGCAACAACCGGCGCGAUGAGGAUGAUUCCUACGGUUCCUCCGAUCGAAACAAGAGCUCGACUUAUGGCUCGACGAGCCGUGGUGAUGACAAUACUACCACCUAUGGGUCUAACACCAGCCGUCGUGAUGAUGGUGAUUCUUAUGGUUCUUCUGAUCGACACAAGACUUCAUAUGGUUCCAGCGGGCGUGAUGGCGAUGAUGAGGACAAAUACGGGUCGAAGUCCUCGAAUAAGUAUGGAGAUAGGAGCGACUCUGGGGAGUAUGGUCAGAAGGAAACCAUCGCUGAUAAGGUAAUGGGUAAAGUUGGAGACAUGAUUGGUGAAAAGAUCCAGGAAACCCUAAGUGGAGGAAGUCGACACUAAUUGCUCGAAUGCGUGGUUCAGUGAGGACUUAUGGGGAGAAACCGAAUGCCCAUCCAUCAUGUCCCUAAGCCCUGCUCAACCACCAUGUGAGCAAUCCCUAAACUUGGAGAAUAUUGGGACCUUUCAAAUUUAGUUUAUCGUAUUAAAUUUAGCUUUUGAAUAUCAUUCUUCAUCUUCAUC